AUGUUCGAUCGGCAACGUCGCGUCGCUUUCGAAUCGACCGAACAGGCCGAUUAUUUCGAUUUAUACGCGAAAUCGCCGUCCGCCGGAAAGAGCGGAAUGAAAGAGAACGAGCGACAAAAGGAAGGCGCGUUUUCUCCUUCAAUUAUUCCAGAAUUUGUGACAUUUCAAGACGAAUUAUCGCCCGACACCGAGCGUGUUAACUUGGCAUUUCCUGGGCAAAAACCGAUUACUAACAAUCCGAACGAUCCGCGAAACGGUAACUCGCCGGACGAUGUGAUUGAUAACCGAGAGAACGGGCACCCGGUGCUGCUGGUGUCUUUGCGAGCGGUGUCAACGACUACGGUCGCUUGA